ACAUUUUUCAAUUUAGUAUUUUCCAAACAACGAAAAACUCUCUCUGCUUCUUCUCAAGUCUCAGGCAAUUUCUGUGCAAAGACUUUCUCUCUCCUCAACUCUCUCUCUUAAAACUUCCCCUGCUCAGUAAUUCCAGAGCUCUGCAGAGAGACUUGGGCUUUUGGGUUUUGUCCUUUCAAAGUUUCAGACUUUGAAGAAUUGCUGCUGCCAUUCCCUGGUAAUUGCUGAUACAUAAAAACAAGCAUUAUUCUGGUAGGAUGGCAACCGAGGGUCUCAUGAGAAUGGUAGAAAGCAGCAGGGAAAUGAAGUGGCCCCCAUCUAAGGAUUCUGCAACAUUUGGAUCUCCACUGAGAAGUAUGACAGCAGAGGAGUCGGGCUUCAUUUCGAAGGGGCAUGGCUUUAAGAGAGAUAGAGCUGAACUUAUACCUAAUAGAAGUGGCAGUGCUCCACCAAGUAUGGAAGGUUCCUUUUCCGCUAUUGAAAACCUGUUAUGUCAACAGAACUCCAGCAUGAAAACAAGCUUGACUAAUCUAAACAAUGUUGUGGAUAGUGUUGAGAAUGAAGAAAAUCUGAGUUCAGACCCAGCUCGUUUGGCAUACUAUUUAUCGAAUAUGAACUUGAAUGCAAGGCCACCUCCACCACUUAUAGUAAGGGAGAAUCAUCACCUGGUCCGCCAUAGUGGUGGUCUAGGAACCAAAUGGAGAUCGAUUUCUUUAGAUGACAGCGCCAGUGGGUCCUUACAUCUUUCCCAAGGUUCUCUUUCUACUCUUCAGGAGGACCCUAAUGCGAGUUCAUCCAGAAAAUCUCAAGAUAACUUGGCAGAAGAUAGUGUUGCAGUAAUGCCUGUCAAGGACACGGCUUCUUUGGCAAGUUAUAAUAAGAGUUUAGUGGAUCUCAUACAGGUAGGAGUUAAACAAGACUUCCCCCGGACUCCAUCUCCUGUAUAUAAUCACUCUCUCUCAUCAAGUCUUGGAACAACAGAUGAACUAAUUGAUAGUGAUGCACAUUCGCUUUCACCAAAUGCUUCUUCUCUCGACAAGUCAAAAUUACCAGAACCAAAUUCAAACUCUAUCAAUGAUUGUCCAGAUACAAGUGCCUCGUACACGCUUGCUCUUGGGAUCAUACCAAAUGAUGUUCCUUUGCCUACCUCCUCCCCAAGUGCUCAACAAUGUCAACCUGAUGAUGGUACAGGGAACCUACAGAAAGAUGAAUCUAAUAUUGGGCAUGAUGGGUCGAGGAACAAUGCAUCGAUUAAUGGUGACCUAGGGUUGGAUAUUUCCAGUGCGAGAGCAUCUAAAGUUGACACCAACAAUAACAAGCAACAAGAACUAUCUUAUGGGAGGUAUGUACCACAACACAAUUUGUCUACACAACAAGGUGUUCCAUAUCAACUACAGGGGUUCCAGGCACAAUUAGUUUCCCAAGGAAUGAAUUAUUUGCAAAGUGGAAUGCAAAAUCUUCCCUAUAGCUACCCAAAAUUCUCUUCUAUUGAGACACAACCAUCAUUGCACUCACCUGGAGUCACACCUGCCUUGUAUAGUACACCAACACCAUAUAUGACUUCAGGGAGUCCAUUCUACCCGAAUUAUCAAUCAUCUGGUGUAUUUCCUCCACAAUAUAGUAUGGGCGGAUAUACUUUAGGUUCUACUUUUCUUCCUUCAUAUAUGCCUGGGUACACUUCUCAUGGUUCCUUUUCAAUGCCUUUUGAUGCUUCUUUGGGGCCAAGAUUUAGUGGUCAAACUGUUGAUGUUUCAAGAGGGGAGAGAAUUCCCCAUGAAGGUGAUAUGCAACACCAUAGUAGAUUCUAUGGGCAACAUGGGCCAAUGCUCCAGCCACCUUUUGUGGAUCCCCUUUAUACGCAGUACUAUGCUCGUUCUUUGGAGGAUUCAUAUGGUGCUUCAAUUCAAUAUGGUUACUUGUCAUCAAGGGGUCAACUUUCGCAACAAGAAUUAAAUGCUAAUGCUUAUACGGAUGGCCCAAAAUUCCACUCUUCAACUAAUGGUAAUCAGGGUAUUCCAAGUCCAAGAAAUUUGGGAAUCAAUGGUAGUGGUUAUUACGGACUUCCUUCUGGCAUGGGUGUAAUGACACAGUUUCCUGCCUCACCUCUUGGUAGUCCAAUAUUGCCAUCAUCUCCAAUGGGCAGAACGAAUCAUUUUGGUCGGAAAUAUGAAUUGAGGACUCCUCAAGGUUCUGUUAGUGGAGUAUAUUCUGGGUGGCAAGGGCUGAGAAACUCCAUCUUGGAUGAUCCUAGAAGACAUUCUUUACUUGAAGAACUGAAAUCUAGUAAUCCUCAUAAAUUUGAACUUUCCGAUAUAGCUGAGCGCAUUGUUGAUUUCAGUGUCGAUCAACAUGGGAGUCGAUUUAUUCAACAGAAGCUAGAAUACAGCAGUGCUGAAGACAAGGUAUCUGUUUUCAAAGAGAUUCUUCCAAAUGCUUCAAAAUUAAUGACGGAUGUAUUUGGAAAUUAUGUUAUUCAAAAGUUUUUUGAAUAUGGGACUCCUGAGCAGAAAAAGGAGCUUGCAGAUCAACUUGCUGGGCAAAUGUUGCCUUUAAGUUUGCAGAUGUAUGGUUGUCGUGUAAUCCAGAAGGCUCUCGAAGUUAUUGAGCUUGACCAGAAAAUACAACUUGUGCAUGAGCUUGAUGGACAUGUUAUGAUAUGUGUACGAGAUCAAAAUGGAAAUCAUGUAAUACAGAAGUGUAUAGAAUGCAUUCCCACAGAGAAAAUUGGAUUUAUCAUUUCUGCUUUUCAAGGACAAGUUGCCACACUUUCUACUCAUCCCUAUGGCUGUCGUGUCAUACAGAGAGUUUUGGAGCAUUGUUCGGAUGACCUUCAAAGUCAAUGUAUAGUUGAUGAGAUCUUGGAAUCUGCUUAUGAUCUUGCUCAAGAUCAGUAUGGCAAUUAUGUUACCCAGCAUGUUCUGGAACGGGGAAAGCCCAACGAAAGAAGCCAAAUUAUCAGCAAGUUGGUUGGGAAGAUUGUACAAUUGAGUCAGCAUAAAUAUGCAUCAAAUGUUGUUGAGAAGGGUCUGGAGUAUGGUGAUACUGCUGAGCGGGAGCUCUUGAUUGAGGAAAUCAUUGGACAAAUGGAAGAAAACGAUAGCCUAUUGGCAAUGAUGAAGGACCAAUUUGCCAAUUAUGUGGUUCAGAAGGUUCUUGAAACAAGCAAUGGUAGACAGCGGGAAAUACUGCUCAAACUUAUAAGAGUUCAUAUUGAUGCUCUGAAGAAAUAUACUUAUGGGAAACACAUAGUUGUUCGUUUUCAACAGCUAUCCGGUGAAGAGGUCCAAACCUCAGAAGCUGAGGGGGUAUAGAAAGGGAGAAGCGUUAACAGAGGAUCCAUUUGGCUCGCUGGGCCCUCCAGUUUUCCGAUCCCCCCAUUUGGCUUGAAGGUUUUGCUUGAGGAGUGCGGCAGUUAACAGAAGGCAGAAGCGUUACCUAUUCUUUUCAAGAACGGCACAUUUUACAAGAAAUUCCAAUGAUACAGAAACAACGGUGGCGUUGAUUGAUGAAAACUCAAUGCCGAUGCACCAAACUGAUGGUCUUUAAGUCUCCUAGUUUUUGUUAUUGUUGAAAAGUUUAUAAAAUGUGCGAUUCUUGAAAGAGGGGUAGACGUUUGCUAGUUUUAUAGGACAACUACCGCGUCUUCGUUGCUAGAAGAAGAGCCGGAUGAUUGGAGCUGCCGUGAUGUAUUUUCUGAUUGUUCAUUUAUGUAUAUUCGGGUAAACAUAUAUGUAAAGCAAUGUAAGGAUCCAUGCAGGGCUGAAGGCCGGCGUAGAUAUUACGUUAUAGUUAUGGCUUAGUCAUCGUGUAUGAAUUUGGGACGAUAACAAAACUGCGUUGAUAAUAUGAUGUAAAAAGUUAUAUCUGCA